ACGAUGACAGUUUUCCUCCGUCAGAUCUGGAAAGAUGAGCGGCUGUCGUAUAACCACACCAACAAGACCCUGGGAUUGGACAGCCGUUUCGUGGAUAAACUGUGGUUACCAGACACAUACAUUGUGAAUGCAAAGUCAGCCUGGUUUCACGAUGUUACAGUGGAAAACAAACUUAUCAGGCUCCAACCAAAUGGAGUCAUAUUGUACAGCAUCAGAAUUACUUCCACAAUUUCUUGUGAUAUGGAUCUCACCAAGUACCCAAUGGAUGAACAGGAAUGCAUGCUGGAUCUGGAAAGUUAUGGCUAUUCAGCAGAUGACAUUGUCUAUAAUUGGUCAGACAAUCAGGAUCAGAUCCAUGGACUGGAUCAAAUUCAGUUGGCUCAAUUUACAAUAACCAACUAUUACUUUGUCACAGAAAUGACAAAUUUCAAAUCAGCAGGUCAGUUUCCAAGGUUAAGUCUUCAUUUCCAGUUACGGAGGAACAGAGGGGUUUAUAUCAUUCAGUCGUACAUGCCUUCUAUCUUGUUGGUGGCAAUGUCCUGGGUAUCAUUUUGGAUCAGUCAGUCAGCAGUCCCUGCACGUGUUUCUUUAGGUAUUACAACAGUGUUGACCAUGACAACAUUGAUGAUCAGUGCAAGAAAAUCUCUCCCCAGAGCAUCAGCCAUUAAAGCGUUGGAUGUCUACUUCUGGAUCUGCUAUAUCUUUGUUUUUGCUGCUCUUGUUGAAUACGCCUUUGCACAUUUCAAUGCAGACUACAUGAGAAAGCAGCGUGCAAAAAUUAAGGCCAAUAAAUCAUGUGUGGAGGCAGUUAAGAGAAACGGAAAGGAUGCAAUAGUUCUGUUCUCCUUGUCAGCGGCUGGGAUGAACCAGGAAUUUCUCAUGUCCAACAGACUGCACCGGGCUCAUACGAUUCUUCAUGGAGACGAAAUUAAAAAUGGAAAGACAAGGGCAAAUAAACACAACUCAAAGUCCAGCAAUAAACUUACUCUGAAGUCCGUAUUCAAACGUAUUGAUUCCGACACCAUUGAUAUUUAUGCAAGAGCUGUCUUUCCAGCUGCUUUUGCGGCCGUCAAUGUCAUUUACUGGGUCGCAUAUACCAUGUAAAGGGUGCAGUCUGGAAACUGGUCCCACCAUCAUAUUGUACAGGAAGGAGCUACAUGUCCAUGAACAUAGAAUACGCAUGAUGCCAAAUGCCUAGAGCCUUUCAUCUGAAUCCUUUGACAUGUCAAGGAAGCACUUGAUAAAUGUGUAUAAAUAGUAAAUAAUGAAAUGUGAUUACUGUGACAUGAUGAGAUUCCUGUCCUCCAUCAUCCCUUGUUUAUCAAUCUUUUACCCUGGUAGCCUUGACGUCUUGAAAAUGAAUCAGCAAAUCACCUAAUUUGAAGAUGCAAUAACCUGUGCUUUGAGAAUGAUAAAGUUCACUUAAUUUAACAGUGUUUGACAGUUUUAUAUAUUUGCUCUAUAACCUGACAAUUAUCUAGCAAGUUAUGAUUUUUUUCUCCAUUUUGAGACAAUCAUGUGUUAUCUUCAAAUGGUCUCUAAUCUGAUGCAAUCUCUGCAGUAUUUUGCAUGUUGGAAUCAUGGCUCUGGCAAAUAAUAUUUUUAGUUAAUUUUUUAUCUCUUUAUUGUUAACAUUUGAAAAUACCAUAGCGAAGAAUUUUGUUCUUCAUGAAGUUAUAAUUUUGAGCACUUCCAAGUUUGAUACAACAUAUAGGAAUAGGAGCAGAAGUAGGCCAUUCAAUCCCUUGAUCUGCUGCCAUUCAAGAUCAUAGCUAAUCAUUUAUCUCAGCACCACAUUCCCAUGUUAUCCCUAUAUCGCUUGAUGUCAUUUGUAAUUAGAAAUUCAUUAAGAUUACGAAGCAAUCUUGAUCAAUUGGGCCAAUGGUCAAGGAGUGGCAGAUGGAGUUUAAUUUGCAUAAAUGUGAGGUGUUGCAUUUAAGAAAGGUGAAC